CUCUCUCUGUUUCUCUAUCCUGGUAUUUGUUGUUGUCCCUCCCAGUUCCAGUGGAAAUAAAACAGAGUUGAUCAUCGUUUGUUUGUUCGAAUUAUAGUGUGCAAGUAGAGAAGAGGAGAGAGGAGAGGAGUAGAGUAGAUUUUGUCGCUUCUCUGACCACCACCCCACCUAAGAGCCAGAGCAGAAGGAGGUUCAAGAUUCACACUUUUCCUCGCACUUUGCAUGGGUCUCUAGCUCUUCGGUCACGGCACGCUGGAGCGGUCAAACUGACAACCCCUUCAUGCAUUAGCCAUUUCGUCGACGCCCUUCACGCCAUCCUCCUUGAGAUCUUCCUUAUAGCACGUCUGAGGAAACCCGCGGUUCCUUGAAGAGAUUCUGUCGAGCAAAGCCGGAUACCCAUGACGAGGAGGAGCACGGCGAACGAGGUGAUGAAGGAGAUAGAUGCGGGGAAGCCAACGGCGGGGAGCGGGCUCGCCGUUGCCGGGCUGAGCCCGCUCAGCGAGACGCUGUGGCGGGAGAGCGGCAAGUUGGCGUCGAUGAACGCGGAGUUCGUCGGCGACGUCUCGGCCAGGCUGACAUGGCAGGACCUCACGGUGACGGUGACACUCGGCAACGGCGGCGAGACCCAGAGGGUGCUGGAGGGCCUGACCGGCUACGCCGAGCCGGGUACGCUCACGGCCCUCAUGGGCCCCUCCGGGUCGGGCAAGUCCACGCUCCUGGACGCCCUCUCGAGCCGCCUCGCCACCAAUGCGUUCCUCUCUGGGACGAUCUUGCUCAACGGCCGCAAGACCAAGCUCUCUUUUGGAGCUGCUGCCUAUGUCACACAAGAUGACGACUUGAUCGGUACCCUUACCGUGCGUGAAACGAUCUCAUAUUCGGCUCGAUUGCGCCUUCCCGAUCGCAUGCCCUGGUCAGAGAAGCGCACGCUGGUGGAGAGCACCAUUAUAGAGAUGGGUCUCCAAGAUUGCGCCGACACAGUUAUCGGAAAUUGGCAUCUGCGCGGGAUCAGUGGAGGAGAGAGGAGGAGGGUCAGCAUUGCUCUUGAGAUCUUGAUGAGGCCACGGUUGCUCUUUCUCGAUGAGCCGACUAGCGGGCUCGAUAGUGCUUCGGCUUUCUUCGUGACCCAGACACUUCGUGGCCUAUCUAGAGACGGCAGAACUGUGAUUGCCUCCAUUCACCAGCCCAGUAGCGAAGUCUUUGAGCUGUUUGAUAGACUGUAUUUGCUUUCCGGUGGCAAGACGGUUUACUUUGGUGAGGCAUCAGAAGCAUACGAGUUCUUUGCUCAAGCUGGAUUUCCAUGCCCUGCUCUAAGGAACCCAUCUGAUCAUUUUCUUCGAUGCGUUAACUCCGACUUUGACAAAGUUAAAGCCACGCUAAGGGGGUCCAUGAAAAUUCGGUUCGAAGCAACUGAUGGUCCCUUGGAGAAGUUAACAACAGCUGAAGCUAUCCGAGUUCUCAUUGACUUCUAUCGCACUUCUCAGUACUCCUACGCUGCUAAACAAAAAGUCGACGAGAUGUCAAAAGUUAAAGGGACUGUGCUAGAUUCAGGAGGCAGCCAAGCUAGUUUUCUUAUGCAAGCCUUUACCUUAACCAAGCGUUCGUUCAUAAACAUGUCCAGGGACUUUGGGUAUUACUGGCUAAGGCUUGCGAUUUACAUUUUCGUUACCGUCUGCAUAGGCACGAUCUAUUUGAACAUCGGGACAGGAUACAAUUCGAUUCUGGCCAGGGGCUCAUGUGCAUCUUUUGUCUUUGGAUUUGUAACGUUUAUGUCGAUUGGUGGGUUUCCUUCGUUUGUUGAAGAUAUGAAGGUCUUCCAAAGGGAGAGGUUAAAUGGUCAUUAUGGUGUCACUGCAUUUGUCAUCAGCAACACGCUCUCUGCAACGCCUUUCCUAAUACUGAUCACUUUCCUUUCGGGAACUAUUUGUUAUUUUAUGGUGCGCCUUCACCCGGGCUUCGAACACUAUCUCUUCUUUGUUUUGUGCCUCUACGGUAGUGUAACAGUCGUCGAGAGCUUGAUGAUGGCAAUCGCUAGUGUCGUACCCAACUUCCUGAUGGGGAUCAUCACAGGGGCUGGAAUUCAGGGCAUUUUCAUGCUGGUCUCUGGAUACUUCAGGCUUCCUAAGGAUAUUCCUAAGCCCGUAUGGCGCUACCCAAUGUCGUAUAUCAGCUUCCACUUCUGGGCACUUCAGGGUCAAUACCAGAAUGAUCUCAGCGGUAUGCUGUUUGACAACCAAUCGCCAGAUCUACCCAAAAUUCCAGGAGAGUAUAUUCUUGAAAACGUCUUCCAGAUUGACGUGAACCGAUCAAAAUGGGUGGACCUGAGUGUGUUAUUAAGCAUGAUAGUCAUUUACCGCAUCCUCUUCCUUAUAAUGAUCAAGGUCAAUGAAGAUGUGACUCCUUGGAUCAGAGGUUAUCUAGCAAGGAGGAGGAUGCAGCGGCAGACCGGAAACAACAACUCGUUAAUUGCCCCGAAUGGCCUCACCCAAUCUCCUUCUUUGAGGAAUUACUAGGCCAAUCGAGCGGCUGCGACUGGGAGAAUGUAAAAACAAGAAGGAGCGAGAAGGUUUUGACAGUCAACAGACAAUUAUAUAUUCAGAUCACAGUAUCACAGAAACAAUCUCGUUGGGGAUGUUGAACAGACAAGUUUGAAACCGUUGCUGCUUAGAAUAUCUUUCUCAGAAUGAUGAUUUACUUAACUUGUUAUCAUAUUGGUAUCUGUAAUUUUUAAUAUCAUUAUGGGAAUCGAUUAUGUGGCCAGGGAGAAAUCAAUUAUCUAUAGAUUUGCAAA